UUUUUUUUUUAUAUAUAAGGUAAUUAGGUUAAAAUUGAAAGAGGGGAAAAAAAAUCCAAACUUGCGGAGCGCUACCUCUCUCUCUCUCUCUCCGUCCCCUUCUCCGUCUUCGUCUCUGGUCUCUAUAUCUUUAAUUGAUAACAAAGCUGCAGCUAAAGUAUGACUAAGACAGUGAAGAAGACGAACCGGAAAAGCGACGAAAUGGAUAGCAAGGUCCCUGAUUGGGACUUCAAACAGAUUAUGAAAGACAUUCAGCUUUUCGAUGCCUCACAUAGGACAUGGAAAGAGAAAAAGGAGUUCGAGAACAGGAAGGUAGUCUCUCUUGGUGGUAAGCCUCCUAAAAAACAGAGACUGCCUCUAAGCGUAGCACGUGUACAGAUGAAGAAUCAACAGGAAAGAGAAGAGAAAAUACUACAAGAGAAUAUGAUUCUUGGACGAUUUGGAGGCAAGCAUAGCGGUGGUGCUAAAAGAUCAGUGGACAAGCGCAAAACUGAGUACAGGGGGCUGAAGUCAAGUGAAGGUUAUUUUAGGAACGGUGUACUUGAUGUGAAGCAUAUGUUACACGCAGGCCCAUCUAGAGAGAAUGAUUCAUCCAGCCAGAUGGUCGUUAAAGGGAAGACGAAGAUGAAGAAAAAGGGAACUGGAAAGAAACACCGGGGAGGGGGAAAGAAGAAAAGCGGUGGUAGGAAGCGAAACUAAACACAUUAAGUUAUUAACUGUAGGAAGAGAAUGGAUAGACUCAUGCUUUUGAGAUUGAAAUUUUCAAGGAUGGCAAGAAUCCUCCGACUCGUAUUGGCAUCUGCUCUUUGGAUUUGCUCAACUGAGCUUUAGUUCCAAACUAUUUAGAUAAGUUAUGUGGCCUUCCUUGCCUGCCUUAUUUGUUAUACUGCAAUUUGUAUCCUUAGGCAACAAGUCAAAAACUCAAAUGAGGACGUAGCACUGCUGGCACUGCAUUUGUAGAAGUAAAGCUGAAUGCUAAAAUUCAUCCUCAGGUGGCCGUCAGUUGUGGUUAAUUGGAAUGAUAAUGUCAAGUAAGGUAAUAAAGACAAUAAAAAUACAGAGAACAAGUUGGUGGUGGCAUCUUCGGCUGUCAAAAGCUCUAUACAUAAUGGACAAUGGCAAUAAACCUGGCCCCUUUUUCUCAUUUCGGCCAAGGCAAACAGCCCUGUCCCUUUUGCCUGAAAAGUAAAUCAUGAAUGCAUCGGCUUGCAAGUAAAUUCUUUGUCGUUUUGUUUAUGUUAAUUAUGAUUGUUGUUUUAUUUUUAUUUUUUUCUCUAAGAAGAAUUAUGAUUAUGUAUCGGAUUCAUAUCGAUCUAAUCUUCCGAGUAAUAUUUUACAA